ACGUCACUACCGGCAUGGUUCCGGACAACGGGAAAGCAGUGUGUGCUCCUGUCGAUGAAUGAAACUGAACGGCAAACUUAAUUGCUCACUUAGUUUUUCGACAAAAUUUGACAGUGUUUUCAAAGCAUUACAUGCUAGCUUGCUACCAGUUGUACGCGUGCAUAUUGUAACUGGAAGCGUAUGCACUGGUUUGUAUGUGUGUGAAGAGCUUGUGUGAGUCAUGUCAGUGUCAGUGAUCAUAAAGUGGGGAGGUCAGGAGUACUCCAUCAGUUCUCUCUCUGAGGAGGACACAGUGAUGGACCUGAAACAGUCCAUUAAGGCCUUGACUGGAGUGCUGCCAGAGAGACAGAAACUACUGGGACUGAAGGUCAAAGGUAAACCUGCAGAGGAUGAGGUGAAGCUGGGUGCUCUGAAGCUGAAGCCCAACACCAAGAUCAUGAUGAUGGGUACCAGAGAGGAGAGCCUGGAAGAGGUUUUAGCCCCUCCCCCAGAGAAUGAUGAUGUGGUCAAUGAUUUUGACAUUGAGGAGGAGGUCGUUGAAGUAGAGAACAGAGAGGAGAACCUAGCUAAAAUUGCCCGUAGAGUCAAAGACUAUAAAGUGGAGGAGCUGAACCCUCCCAGAGAAGGCAAGAGGCUUCUCGUACUAGAUGUGGAUUACACACUUUUUGAUCACAAGUCUUGUGCAGAAACAGGUCAGGAGCUGAUGAGACCAUACCUUCACGAGUUUCUGACAUCAGCCUACGAGGAUUAUGACAUUGUCAUCUGGUCUGCUACAAGUAUGAAAUGGAUAGAUGCCAAAAUGAAAGAGCUGGGAGUGAUAGACAACCCUAACUACAAGAUUAUGUUCAUCUUGGACAGUGCAGCCAUGAUCACAGUACACACCCCUAAGAGAGGGGUUGUGGAGGUGAAGCCUUUGGGUGUGAUAUGGGGAAAGUACGGAGAAUUUUACAAUAGGAAGAACACUAUUAUGUUUGAUGACAUUGGACGAAACUUCCUCAUGAACCCACAGAAUGGAUUAAAGAUUCGACCCUUCAUGAAGGCCCAUCUUACCAGGGAGAAGGACAGAGAGCUGUAUAAACUAGCUCAAUACCUUAAAGAAAUUGCCAAGCUUGAUGACUUCAGUGGACUCAACCACAAACACUGGGAGAGGUACCUAUCUAAGCGGCAGCACCACUGAGGAGGGACUGCAUCAUUGACAAAGACUUGAGCUGGAUGCCCCUCUCCCAUCAUCAGUUCUCAAAAACACACAUCCACAUGCACAGCCUUGACUACACUUCAAACCAUACUACAAAUCCUAUCCUGCAGCUACCAACACAGGAAAGCUCAGGACUGAGAUGGGCUUCCCAAUUUAUAUAUUUGCAUGUUCUCUGAUUCUUUUGGAUCGUGUUCAUUUUUUUCUCAAACAUUGUUUACAUUCACUCAAGCAACAAUGCCAGUUAUUGUGUGGUAAAGUAUACCCCUGUGGGUUAAAAAAAAACUACUCAUAGGUUUGAAACCAAACACUACAAGCUACCGUGAUCCACAAACUCUUACUUCAGCCAGGGGUUUAAAAACAUCUGGAGAUCCACAGGUAAAUUUGGGAACUUUUAAACCUGCUGGAUAUCCCAGAUGUGUGUGUUUACAGUGUUUUCACAUUACAGCUAGUGUAAAAACACAAGUAUACUUUUCUGUUACUUUGGUGUUUUCAGUAUUGUCUGCAGGAGUUUGUUAUACCAAGCAAUUAAAAAAAGAAUGCAAAUAUCA